AUGACCAACGGUACGUGGUCCAUGGCGAGCGCACAGUUCUCAGCGCAAUGGACCGAGCCUAGCGACAUAUUCUCGGUGUUGCUCAUCGUCGGCGGUGACGUCGUCUUGGGGGCGCUGAUGGCAGUCGUGGGCGCCAACCGGCGAGUGUCGUGUGAACCCGAGAUGUCACUUAAGGCGUUCAACCUAUCACCGGGCUACCAGCGCCAGAACCAGUCGUGGCUGCUGGCGCGCCUGUUUGAGACGUACGACUUCUGGAAGGAGACCGCAUUUCGGCAGCGGCUGGGAAAGAAGCCAUUAUUGGGUCAGUGUCAUGGCCAGCGCCAAGUCUUGCCCGGCAAAUGA